AUGGCGGGACCGCAUCCGCGGGCCAGUAGCUCCCCGUUCGCGACACACCAGCGCUCCUUCCUGCUCCACUCAACCACUCAGACUCGCCUCGCGAUCGUCGCCGCGCUGCUAGUCGUCUCCUUGUUUCUCGUCCUCCCUCAAUCCACUCGCGAGCUGCUCUUUCACAGCAGCACCUCACCAGAAUCCCUCUCUCCUUCCGCGUUUCCGGGUCUCGAGGCUCCCAAUGCCACGUCAGCCAGUAAUGUCCACGUGGAUGCUGACGUGGAGCACGUCACCCGGUCGCCUCUGGUCCCGCUGACGGUGCUUGCUGACCUGGAUGAUGACGGGGCAGUGUGCUUGGAUGGCUCGCCGCCGGCCAUCCAUCUCUCCCCCGGAUGGGGUCGCGGGGCGAACAACUGGCUGAUAUACCUCGAGGGCGGGGGGUGGUGUAACAGCGAGGAGGAGUGCGCGCAUCGCGCCGCCAUGCAUCUGGGCUCGUCCAAGCGCAUGGGCGGACUCAUGGCCUUCGGGGGGAUCCUCUCCCAUGACCCUUCAGUAAACCCUGGUGCGUUGAAUGUAGACCCUGGUGCGUUGAAUGUAGACCCUGGUGCGUUGAAUGUAGACCCUUGUGCGACAACUGAGUCCCCUGCUGCUGUUGCUCUUCUGUCAAUAUUCCUUCCCCUCCACUCGCCAACAGACUUCUACAAUUGGAACCUGGUUCUCUUUCGUUAUUGUGACGGUGCCUCAUACCUGGGUGACACAAACGAGCCAAUCCAGACAAACGCCGGUCUUGUCUUUUUCCGGGGGAGGCGCAUCUUCGACGCCGUGACCCGGUACCUCGUCUCCCACCACGGCAUGGGGGCGGCAUCCCUUGUCUUGUUAUCCGGCUGCUCUGCUGGCGGGCUGGCCGCCUUGCAGCACUGUGAUAGGCUGGCGGCGAUUCUCCAACAAUCCUCUAGCCAAUCAAGAUCGAGCACGGGAGCAGGAGCCGAGGAAGGAGGAGAGGGUGGAGAGAAGGAGGGAGUGAGGGAGGGAGAGGAGGAGAGAGUGAUGGAGGGGAGAGGUGGAGUGGUGAAGUGCAUGGGUGAUGCGGGGUUCUUUUUGGACUCGGAGGAUGUUGGAGGAGUGAGGCGCAUGCGAGAGCGGUUCAAAGCGGUUGUUGAAACUCAGAACGUGUCUCUGCAUGAGCGGUGCACGGCAGCUGUGGCACCACAGGACCACUAUCUGUGCUUCUUCCCGGAGCAUCUCCUUCCCUUCCUGCGCCGGCCCUUCUUCAUUCUCAACCCCCUCUACGACUCCUUGCAGGUAAUUCUUACAGCCACCCCUGGCAGGUAA